ACGAGUUCGAACGUGUCCUUGUGACCUGCGUGCUACUAUCGCCCGCAUGAUAUGGUAUGAACCAUCGGCGGUCUGGUCCGCCAGUAAUGUAGCUGUCGGUAUCAUCUGGGUACUUCUAGCGAGCACCACUGCCAGUCAUCUGCUAUGGUAGCGACAACAUCGAAUAACCUUAUCUGCUUCACAAAUUGCUUCCUUCCGCAAGAAGACGGUAGUUUGGUUGAAAAGGAUUUGUGGAUUGAUGAGCGGCGUGGUGUCAUACUAGACGCGCAGCGAACCUUUUUCCUGCGCAAGGAGCGUCCGAAUACAAUCAUCGAUCUUGGGGGAAACAUCUUGAGUCCAGGCUUUAUUGACGUUCAGAUCAAUGGAGGCUUUGGUUUCGACUUCUCUGUAUACGAAGGCGACGACCAAAUUUAUCGAGACGGGAUGAAGUUGGUCGCAGAGAAAAUUGUUGAGACGGGUGUGACUGCCUUGGUCCCCACGAUUAUUACUCAGGAAAAGACAUUGUACCCCAAGCUUCUUAACUUGCUUCGUCCAUGGUCGCCUCCACACGCAGCACACCUCCUCGGGUGGCAUGUUGAGGGGCCGUUCCUACAGAUGUCCAAACGAGGCGCUCAUUCGCCCGCAUUAAUCAUACCUGCCCCAGAGGGUUUUAAGACUUUUGAGUCUACUUACAGUCCAGAGAACCUUGCGGAUGCAGAAGAUUGGCUCAUGUCAGGCGACACCGUCGAUAAUACUGUGGGAGUGCGCAUGAUAACAGCUGCACCUGAAGUCGAGGGCGUUAUGGAGGCUAUUAACGAAGCCAGCAAGCGUGGAAUCUGUUUCAGUAUUGGUCACAGCAUGGCUACAACGGAUAUUGCAACUGCAGCACUACGGAAUGGUGCGAGAUGCAUCACACACCUCUUCAAUGCAAUGCCACAGCUUCACCAUCGCGACCCGUCUAUCAUUGGUUUACUUGGAGCUUCUCCUUAUCUAUCUCCUUCGUCUUCUUCGACCUUUUUGCCAUUUCCUUCCGCUAUCAUUAAUGCCCUCAAUGCCUCGAUGCCUUCGCUUCCAAUUGCCAAGGAGCCUUCGAUUGAUCACAUAUCGGAAGCAUUCGAUGAGAUUAAGACGCCGCCUCAGACACCUAUGCUCCUUGCGGAACAAGCCCACAAGAAAUCUCUCCUUCCCACAGGCAAGUCGACGGCGAGCCCGGGCUCUGCCGUUAUCAGCGCCACUCCCCUGGGGAGCAGGCAAUCGGGCGAAAUUGAGCUUAAGAAAUAUCCGACGACUAUACCAUUCGAUCGACCAUUCUAUGAAAUCAUCGUGGAUGGGAUUCAUUCUCAUCCUAACUCCGUGAGACUGGCGUACAGUGCUCAUCCAGACGGGUGCAUCUUGAUUACCGAUGCCAUGAAGAUCCUUGACCCGCAUCUCAAGGAUGGUGUUCAUGACUGGCGCGAUGGCCGUCGAUUCUACAAGGAAGGCGAUGCGCUGUACGUGGAGGGCACCACCACCCUUGCCGGAAGCGUGGUCACUCUCGACAAAUGCGUACGGAAUUUCGUAUGCUAUACGGGCUGCUCCAUCGGUCAAGCUAUCAGAUGUGCAACUUACAAUCCUGCAAGGUGCCUUAACAUUGAGAACAAGAAGGGUACGCUGCGCGCGGGUGCAGACGCGGACUUGGCGGUACUUGACCACCAAGGUAACGUACUAAGCACCUGGGUGAAGGGCAAGAUGGUGUGGGUGAGGAAGUAGACUCAGCAUGUUUCCGAUGUCAGUCUAAGAUCCUUCCAUGGUUCUCGUUAACAUUUCACAGACCGGGGCUUGAGGAGCUAAUUACUCUAGACCAAGCUUUUGUGCCAAUAUUAUUGAGCCUCAUCAUUAUGCUGUAACUUUAGCCAGAUGCCUUGGGGACUGAAACUACGACUCGGAUGAUGAGAAACGGUGAUAAACUCGAAAAGUUGAGAUCUUGUAAGUUACGAUUGCCAGUUCAAUAUGUAAAAGCCAUCAUGACUCCCCACGGAAAUCGCGUCGGUAGCAAGAAUUGACCGACUAUGUCAAGG